GCCACAGGAGACAUGAGCACCAAGAGUUCCUGGCUCUCCUUCCUGUUCUCUCCUAUGGUUCACCAGCCUUGCAGCCUCUUCCCACUAUGGAGCAGGCACAGAAUGAGCACAAGACCCGCUAUGGACUUCCUGCUCCAGCUUCUCCUCCUUGCCUCCUCCAUCCCAUGGGGCUUGGCCUCAUGGGGUGUCUCCAGUCCCACAACAGUGCAGGGAGUGAAGGGAUCCUGUCUGGUCAUCCCCUGCGUCUUCAGCUUCCCUGACAGUGUGAAGGUGCCCAACAGCAUUACAACCAUCUGGUACUACGACUACUCGGGCAAUCGGCAGGUGGUGAGCCACUCAGAGGACCCUCAGCUGGUGGAGCCACGCUUCCGCGGCCGGGCCCAGCAGCUCACGAACCUGGAGCACAGAGUGUGCAACCUGCUGCUGCAGGACCUGCAGCCCAAGGAUUCGGGCUCCUACAACUUCCGCUUCGAGAUCAGUGAGGGCAACCGCUGGUCAGACAUGAAAGGCACCACGGUCACGGUGACAGAGAAGCCCAGUGCACCCACUAUUGCUUCACCGGCCAAGCUUCUCGAGGGCACGGAGGUGACCUUCAACUGCUCCACUCCCUAUGUGUGCGUGAAGGAACCAGUCCACCUGAACUGGCAAGGCCAGGACCCCGCUCGCUCCAUCACCUCCAACGUCCAGAAGCUCGAGCCCACAGGCAUCAUUCACCGGGACACCCUCCACCUGGCCCUGUCCUGGCAGGACCACGGCCGGACCCUGCGCUGCCAGCUCUCGGUGGCCAAGCAGAGCACUCAGGGCGAGAUUCACCUCCAAGUGCAUUAUGCCCCUAAGGGUGUGAAGGUCCUCCUCAGCCCCUCGGGGCGGAACAUCCUUCCAGGUGAUCUUGUUACACUCACCUGCCAGGUGAACAGCAGCUACCCGGAGGUCACUUCUAUGCAGUGGGUCAAGGAUGGGGAGACCCUCAAAGCCCAGGGUCACGUGCUGCAGCUGUCUCAGGCAACCUGGGGUGACUCCGGAGUCUAUACCUGCAGAGCUGGGAAUACUGUGGGUUCUUCCACAUCACCUCCUGUCAGUCUCCACGUCUUCAUGGCAGAGAUCCAGGUGAGUCCAGCUGGCCCCAUCCUAGAGAAACAGACCGUGACGCUGACCUGCAACACGCCCAGAGAGGCAUCCAGCAACCUGCACUUCAGCUGGUACAAGAACCAGGCCCCGCUGCAGGAUGCCCACAGCCCCACCCUCCGGCUACAUUCGGCCACCAGGGCCGACACGGGCUUCUACGUCUGCCAAGUGGAGAAUGCGCAGGGCAGAGAGCGCUCUCGCCCGGUCAGCGUGGUGGUCAACUACCCGCCCGUCACCCCGGACCUAACCGCCUUCCUGGAGACACAGGCGGGGCUGGUGGGCAUCCUCCACUGCUCUGUGGUCAGCGAGCCCCCGGCUACCCUCGUCCUGUCACACAGGGGCCUUGUCCUGGCCUCCACCUCUGGGGAGGGUGACUGGAGCCCACGCUUCAGUGUCUCCUCUGCCCACAAUUCCCUGCGCCUGGAGAUCCAAGACCUGCAGCCAGCUGAUAGCGGGGAGUACAUGUGCUCAGCCACCAACUCCCUUGGGAAUGCGUCCUCGACCCUGGACUUCCGUGCCAAUGCGGCACGCCUCAUCAUCAGCCCGGCAGCGGAGGUUGUGGAAGGGCAAAUGGUGACCCUGAGCUGUAGCACCAGCCUGAGCUCCACGCCUGACACCCGCUUCUCCUGGUACCGGAAUGGAGCUCUGCUUCUCGAAGGGCCCAGCAGCAGCCUCCAGCUCCCCUCGGCCUCCAGCGCUGAUGCCGGCUCAUACCACUGCCGGGCCCAGAACGGCCGCAACGCCAGCGACCCCUCCUGGCCGAUUGUCCUCACCGUGCUCUAUGCCCCACGCUACCCCACGUUCACAGCCCGGCUGGACCCUGAUGCUGCAGGAGCCGGGGCUGGAAGGCAGGGCCUCCUCUUGUGCCGUGUGGACAGCGAUCCCCCAGCCCAGCUGUGGCUGCACCACAGGGACCAGGUCGUGGCCUCCUCCCUGCCAACAAGGGGUAGCUGCAGCACCUGCGGGGGCUGUUCCCCGCGCAAAAAGGUCACCAGAGCUCCCAACUUGCUGCGUGUGGAGAUUCGAGACCCUGUGUUGGAGGAUGAGGGUGUGUAUCUGUGUGAGGCCAGUAAUGCCCUGGGCAACUCUUCUGCCUCGGCGACCUUCAAUGCCCAGGCCACUGUCCUGGUUGUCACGCCGUCAAACACACCGCAGGAGGGAACAGGAGCCAACCUGACGUGCAACGUGAGCCGGGAAGCUGGUGGUGGCCCUGCCAAUUUCUCCUGGUUUCGGAAUGGGGCACUGUGGGCCCAGGGCCCCCUGGAGACUGUGACGCUUCUGCCCGUGGCCAGAACAGACGCUGCCCUGUAUGCCUGCCGCAUCCUCACUGAAGCUGACACCCAGCUCUCUGCCCCCGUGGUCCUGAGUGUGCUCUAUCCUCCAGACCCACCAAAACUGUCAGCCCUCCUGGACAUGGGCCAGGGUCACAUGGCCGUGUUUGUCUGCACUGUAGACAGUCGCCCCCUGGCCCAGCUGAGCCUUUUCCGUGAGGAGCAUCUCCUGGCCACCAGCCUGGGUCCUCAGCUUCCAUCACGUGGUCGUCUCCAGACCAAAGCUACGGCCAACUCCCUGCAGCUAGAGGUCCGAGACCUGGGCCUCGGGGACUCUGGCAGGUACCGCUGUGAGGCUACCAAUGUCCUGGGGUCAGCCAAUACCUCUCUUUUCUUCCAGGUCCGAGGAGCCUGGGUGCAGGUGUCACCAUCGCCUGAGCUUCAGGAGGGUCAGGCAGUGGUCCUGAGCUGCCAGGUUCCCGCUGGGGCCCCAGAGGGGACCUCGUACCUUUGGUAUCGGGAUGGCCAGCCCCUUCGGGAGUCAACCUUGGCCACGCUCCGCUUCGCAGCUAUAACUUUGAGCCAAGCUGGGGCCUACCAUUGCCAAGCCCAGGCCCCAGGUUCAAGCACCACGAGCCUGGCUGCCCCUGUCAGCCUCCAUGUGACCUAUGCCCCACGCCAGGCCACACUCACCGCCCUGAUGGACACAGGCCCUGGGCGACUGGGCCUCCUCCUGUGCCGUGUGAACAGCGACCCUCCGGCCCACCUGCGACUGCUCCAUGGGGCCCGCCUCAUAGCCUCUACCCUGCAGGACCCAGGGGAACCUGCAGGCAGCUCUCCCCAGCUGCAGGUGACUGUGGCUCCCAACGCGCUUCGCCUGGAGAUCCACAAUGCGACACUGGAAGAUGAAGGCAACUACACCUGUGAGGCCACCAACGACCUGGGUCAGACCUCAGCCUCAGCCAACUUUGAUGCUCAAGCCGUGAGCCUGCAGGUGUGGCCCAAGGCCACCGUGCAGGAGGGACAGCUGGUGAACCUGACCUGUCUCGUCUGGACCACCCGCCCGGCACAGCUCACCUACAUAUGGUACCAGGAUGGGCAGCAGCGCCCAGGUGCCCAUUCCAUCUCCCUGCCCAAAGUCAGGGUCGUGGAUGCUGCCUCCUACUGCUGUGGUGUGGUGACCCCUGGCCAGGCCACUCGCCUCGCCAGUCCUGUCACCCUGGAAGUCCUCUACGCGCCCCGGAGCCUGCGCCUGACCUACCUCCUGGAGAGCCGUGGCGGGCGGCUGGCCCUGGUACUGUGCACUGUGGAUAGCAGCCCACCUGCCCAGCUGGCCCUCAGCCGCGCUGGCCACCUCCUGGCCUCCUCCACCGCAGCCUCUGUCCCCAAUACUCUGCGCCUGGAGCUGCGGGAGCCACAGCCCAGCGACGAAGGUCUCUACAGCUGCUCUGCCCUCAAUCCUCUGGGCCAGGUCAACACAUCUCUGGAGCUGCGACUGGAGAGUGUGCAAGUGAUCUUGGCUCCAUCGGCCACCGUGCCCGAGGGGGCGCCUGUCACAGUGACCUGUGAGGACCCCGCUGCCCGCCCGCCCACCCGCUAUGCCUGGUACCACAAUAGCCGCUGGUUACAGGAAGGACCUGCCGCUUCCCUCUCAUUCCCGAUGGCUUCGCGGGCUCACGCCGGGGCCUACACCUGUGAGGUCCAGGAUGCCCAGGGCACACGCAGCUCUCGGCCAGCAGCCCUGCAAGUCCUCUAUCCUCCUCGGGACGCUGUUCUGUCUUCCUUCUGGGACUCGAGGGCCAGCCCCACAGCCGUGGUGCAGUGCACUGUGGACAGUGAGCCGCCUGCCGAGCUGGCCCUGUCCCUCAAUGGUCAGGUGGUGGCCACGAGCCGUGAGGUCCACGACCUGGCUUCAGGGACAGGCCGUGUCCAGGUGGCCCGCAAUGCCCUGCGACUACAGGUACAAGACGUGCCCUCGGGUGACGAGGACAUCUAUGUCUGCACAGCCCGCAACCUGCUGGGCUCAGUCAGCACCACGGGGCAGCUGCAGGCAGAAGGUGUUCAUGUGGUGGCUGAACCAGGGCUAGACGUCCCUGAGGGCACAGCACUAAACCUGAGUUGUCACCUCCCUGGCGGCCCCUGGCCCCUGGGCAACUUGACUUUCGCUUGGUUCUGGAAUGGCCGGCAACUCUACGCAGAAUCAGUGCCUACCCUCGCCUUCUCCCACGUGUCCCGUGCCCAAGCUGGGGUGUAUCACUGCCGGACUGAGCUCUCCACUGGGGUUACCAUGUCCACACCAGUCACACUCCGUGUGCUCUACCCUCCCAAGAUGCCCACCAUGACGGUCUUUGUGGAGCCUGAGGGUGGCAUCCAGGGCAUCCUGGACUGCCGAGUGGACAGUGAGCCCCUAGCCAGGCUGACCAUCCACCUGGGCAGCCGGCUGGUGGCCUCCAGCCAACCUCAGGGAGCCCCUCCUGAGCCCCACAUUCACGUCUUAGCCACCCCUAAUGCCUUGAGGGUGGACAUUGAAGAGCUGAGGCCCAGUGACCAGGGGGAGUAUGUGUGCUCAGCCUCCAAUGCCUUGGGCUCUGCCUCUGCUUCCACCUACUUCGGAACCAGAGCCCUGCAACACCUACGUCUGUCCCAGCAGCUACUCUGGGUCCUGGGGCCGCUGGUGGGCCUUCUGUUCCUGCUGUUGGGCCUGGGCACCUACUACAUCUGGAGAAGGAGGCUUUUUUAUAAGCUGAAUGUGGCUGAGAAUUCAGUGGAGAUGACUUCUCAGAAGGACACCACACAGGAGGAUGAGGUCUCCGAUGAUGCAGGCCCCAUGAAUAAGGAGGCGUUGGGUCCUGCCUACCUCUGUGAAAACAACUGUGUGACACCGGACGCUCUAUGACCUGGCUCCCAACCUCUUGCCCCAAGAAAAGUAGGUGGAGAGAAAGAGGUGAAUCCCAGUCUACCCAGGAGGAGGUAGACCCUGGCGGACUCAAGAGAAAUGAGUUGAUGGUGCUCUCCAAUUCCCUUUCUUUUUUUCUCUGGAUCUCAUCUCUCCAUUUCUCUUUCCAUACUUAUCCCUUCAUAUAUGUCACUCCAAGCCCACUCUGGAUUUUUUGGAUGUUUUCAAAUGGAAGAGCUGCUUUCUGAAUUCUCAUAGGCACUUGGUAUUAGAAAGACUAAAAAGAGACCAAAUACACAGACUUC